GCAGUGUCACUUGUGAUGGUAGGAUCACUCUACAACCACACGGUGGCAUCUCCUGCCACCUUUGUCCUGGUGGGCAUUCCAGGUCUGCAGUCUUCCUAUCUUUGGCUGGCUGUCUCACUGAGUGCCAUGUAUUCCGUAGCCCUGUUGGGAAACACCCUCAUCAUAACCGUGAUCUGCAUGGAUUCCAUGCUACAGGAGCCCAUGUACUGCUUCCUGUGUGUUCUGGCUGCUGUGGACAUUGUGAUGGCCUCCUCUGUGGGACCCAAGAUGGUGAGCGUCUUCUGCUCGGGAGACAGCUCCCUCAGCUUCAGUGCUUGUUUCACUCAGAUGUACUUUGUUCACGCGGCCACAGCCGUGGAGACAGGACUGCUGCUGGCCAUGGCUUUUGAUCGCUACGUAGCCAUCUGCCAGCCCCUCCACUACAAGAGAAUUCUCACCCCUCCUGUGAUGCUGGGAAUGAGUGUGGCCAUCACCAUCAGAGCUGUUGUAUCCAUGACCCCGCUGAGCUGGAUGCUGAGUCACUUGCCUUUCUGUGGCUCCAAUGUGGUUCCCCAUUCCUACUGUGAACACAUGGCUGUGGCCAAGUUAGCAUGUGCAGAUCCCAUGCCCAGCAGUCUCUACAGCUUGAUUUGUUCCUCCAUUAUUGUGGGUGCUGAUGUGACCUUCAUCGCUGCCUCGUAUGUUUUGAUUCUCAGGGCAGUAUUUGGUCUGUCCUCAACGAAUGCUCAGCGGAAAGCGUUAAGUACAUGUGGCUCACACAUGGGGGUCAUGUGUCUCUUUUACCUACCUGGGAUGGCAUCCAUCUACAUAGCCUGGCUAGGGCAGGACACAGUGCCCUUACACAUGCAAGUGCUGUUAGCUGACUUGUACCUAGUCAUUCCUCCCACCUUGAACCCCAUCAUUUAUGGUAUUAGGACCAAAGAGAUACGGGAGAGAACACAGAGACUGCUAACGUGCUUUGUCUUUGACCUUGGCAGACAGGGUUCUUGA